GAAAAAAUGUAAAGGACCUAAGACAACAAAGCAGAUCACAGAUUAGGAGAAGGGAAUGGAACCCCACUGCUGUUUCUCAUACUACAAGGAUGCUUCUUAUUUUACACAGGAGAAAACCAGGAUCCCUAUUGAUGACAUCUUCACUGUUUGGACACAUUGGAAGGAUCUCUUUGAGGAAUUUCACCAGUACUUUAACAACUUCCACCCCUCCAUCAAGCAAACUCUGAAAUACUCCACUUGGCAAAUUAAUUUCUUAGACACUGAAGUGAAGAUUUGCAAUAGCCACCUCUCCACCACUUUAUAUUGGAAACCAACCAACUGCCACAGCUACCUUCACACUUCCUGCUUUCAUCCUAGUAACAUGACUAGAUCCAGUGUCUACAGUCAAGUUCUAUGUUCCAGCCAUAUCUGCUCUGAUUCCAGAACCUGGAUACAUGUCUUAAGGGUCUGGAGCCAGGAUUUUCAAAAUCACAUUGCAAUACAAAAGCUUAAUGCCACUCAAAUCAACAAAGCCAGACUCAGACCUUGCUCUGCCCUGCUACCUUACCAGCCCCAGGACAAAGACAACAGAGUGUCUCUGCUUGUCACCUACAUCCCCCAGCUUGAACACCUUAGACGUAUCAUGAAUGACCUCCGACCGCUCCUGGAAAAGGAAGAUUGUCUCAAAGUAGCCACGAGGCAAAAACCUGUUCUGUCUUACAGACAAUCCCCCAGCAUCAAACUACAUCUCUUCAGCCACAGGACACCUCCCACACUCACUGAAGCACCAGGGCAUACAACAGACCCAUAUGCCAUCUGUGGUCCAGCAUCAAUACAGACCAUAUUAACACUCGAUUGAAUAACACACAUUAUAACAUCUGAGAUUCAUUCAGUUACAACAAUACCAAUGCCAUAUAUGCUAUCACCUUCUUAGAGUAUCCAUCUGUUGUCUACAUCAGACAGAAGGGGAGAGCCGUAUGUGAAAGAAUGAAAGAACAACACUAGGACAUCAGCUGCAAAAAGACAUACAGGCUUGUAGCAGAACACUUUGGGCACUGACACAAGUGACAUUUUGUCCCAUGAUCGGCCUCCUCAAGUGCUCUAUAGCCAUGUCUUUACAUAAGAGCACAGCUGCAGAGUGCUUUAAAAGGGCGUGAUUCCAUGACAAUCUGAACACUCAUGUAAAUGUAAUGUAAUGUAAUGAGGGUUCAAAUGAAGGAGCUCCAAAGUGGAGAAUGUUCAUUAACUUGUGUCAGCACAUGCCAGGAACAGAACUGGGCUGACACGGCCCAGCCCUGCUCCUGGCACUGUCUUCAGAAUGGGAGUGGGGGAGGAGGGAAUUGCAUCAAAGUUUUGCCCAGCUGGCACUGGAGGGUGGGGUGGGUGAUGACAAUACAGAAUAAUCACUUCUUGAUAAAAAAUUCAUCACAUCACACAGCAAUAUGUCAAUAUGGCUUUCCACGAGCCCCAGGUGUGUUAACAUUGUGAAAGAUAAAUUUUGAAUAUGCCUGGAGACUUGUUCCCAGAAAGAUGGGAAGAUUUUGGAAAUAUCAUGAGAGUCAUAUAAUGCAAUGUUUCCCUCUACCCCACCCUCUAUAUGCUGAUAGGCAAUGGUGCGAUCCAGAAAUAAACGUAACU